CAUGCUUAUUCGCACCAUGAGCCGCAAGCAGACUCCCAGUGACUUUCUCAAGCAAAUAAUAGGCAGACCUGUAGUUGUCAAACUCAACUCGGGUGUUGAUUAUAGAGGCAUAUUGACGUGUCUUGAUGGCUACAUGAACAUUGCAUUAGAACAGACUGAAGAAUACGUUAAUGGACAGUUGAAACAAAAGUAUGGAGAUGCAUUCAUAAGAGGAAACAAUGUUCUCUAUAUCAGCACACAACAACGGCGGUAGAACAGACAGUCAUCUAGUACUAGCCACAGCUUGCUCAUAUAGACAGUACGUAAUAGACUGACAGCACAUGUGUAUAGUCGAUGGUUGUGUUAUAAUGGUACUGUACUGACCAUUGCAGUUUUACUUUUUAAUACAUCUACAGAACAAACUAAACCUUUUCCCAUUA